AACGAAUGCAGGGCUCUCAAGUCUCACGCAUUGAGCGUGAGACUCACGCAUUUCGGUCUUAUCUCACGCACUCCCGCCACACAUCGAAUUCCUCACGCUGAAAAAACCUCUCGGCUAUUUAAUGCUUGAAUGCAGGGAUGCUCAAUACGCCGAUCGAUUGUUCCGCUGCAGAGCUCCGACGCCGGUCUGCGAGCAUUGGGAUGGAGCAAAAAAAUAGUCACUAGCACCCCCCCCCCCCCUGUCAACAACUCUUUUCGGCUCGAUGCCGGCGCGCGCAACGGUCAGCUGUAUCGGGUGCUGAUGGAAAUCUCACGCUUGCCUGUCUUCAAAACAUGAGAGCCCUGCGAAUGUAUGGUAGCAUUAGUAGUUAAUGUUAUUGUUUCCGAUUUUAUACCGUGCCUCUUCUGAAGACUAGCGGGGUUGUGAGUGUUUAACGUUACCAGAGAGGCUCCGUGUGCGACGCGCCACAUGGCGUUAGAUAACCGGCCUGGCCUCUAGACGAGCAGCCGGUGGACCGCUAGCGUUAGCUCGCGCUGAUUCACCGCCCAGCUAGCGCGCUAACAGGGGAAGGCAGCCGCUGUUUUUGUACGGUCAAUUUGUAACGUUACAUUAUUAUCUUUAAACAGGAAUUGUCUUCAACCAUUCUGCUGGAAUCGAUUGUCUUGUUUAACGGUCAGGAAUGUCAGCGGUUAACGACAGCGGAGAUCGUCUCCCCCAGUUCAAGAACAAGGGGAAAGACGCCAACGAGCUGAGACGAAGAAGAGCGGAAGUCAAUGUGGAGUUACGAAAAGCAAAGAAGGAUGAUCAGAUCCUGAAGAGGAGAAACGUCCAGACUCUUCUGGACGACCCGACCUCUCCUCUGCAAGAACCCAACGCACAGCCUCCCCAGCCCUGGUCUUUGGAGGAGAUUGUAGGAGGAGUAAACAGCCAGAUUAUAGAGUACCAGCUGGAGGCCACGCAGGCAGCCAGGAGACUCCUCUCCAGAGAGAAGCAUCCACCUAUUGACCACAUCAUUGCUGCCAGCCUCAUCCCGAAGUUUGUUAGCUUUCUUGCUCUAUCUGAAUGCCCCCCCAUCCAAUUUGAGGCGGCUUGGGCCCUGACCAACAUCGCCUCGGGCACCUCAGACCAGACCACUGCUGUAGUGGACUGUGGGGCCAUCCCAGCCUUCAUCAGUCUGGUGGGAUCACCCCACACGCACAUCAGCGAGCAGGCCAUUUGGGCCCUUGGUAACAUCGCAGGUGAUGGAUCCAACUACAGAGACCUAGUGAUCAUACACGGGGGUCUCCAGCCACUCCUAGCCCUGAUGACAGUUCCUGACCUGUCUAUGUAUCCUUUUGGCUACCUGCGCAAUGUCACCUGGACGCUGUCCAACCUGUGUCGCAACAAGAACCCCGCCCCUCCUAUAAAGGCGGUGCAGGAGAUGCUUCCAGCCCUGGUGCGCCUCCUGCACCACGACGACCAGGAGAUUCUGGCCGACACCUGUUGGGCCGUGUCCUACCUGACCGACGGCUGCAAUGAGAGGAUAGAGGUGGUGGUGCAGGCUGGCCUGGUGCCCCGCCUCGUGCAGCUGCUCGGCUGUGGGGAGCUCUCCAUUGUGACUCCAACCCUUCGGUCAAUUGGCAACAUUGUGACUGGGACAGAUGAGCAGACACAAUAUGUACUGAAUGCCGACGCUCUGGUGAUGUUCCCCAGCCUGCUGCGUCACCAUAAGGCCAACAUCCAGAAGGAGGCAGCCUGGACGGUGUCCAAUAUCACUGCUGGCAAAAACACCCAGAUUCAGGAGGUGGUCAAUGCUGGACUGAUACCCAUGCUGGUGGAGAUCCUCCAACAGGGUGACUAUAAGUCUCAGAGGGAGGCUGUGUGGGCUGUCACCAAUUAUACCAGUGGAGGAACGGUAGAGCAAGUGGCCUACCUGGUCCAUUGCAAUGUGCUGGAGCCUCUGCUCAACCUGCUGACAGCCAAUGACAGCAAAGUUACCCUGGUCAUCCUGGAGGCCAUCUACAAUAUGUUACAGAUGGCAAGAAAAACUGGAGAGAUUGAAAAUCUCUGCCAAAUGAUUGAGGAGGUGGGAGGUUUGGACAAGAUUGAGGCACUUCAGGCCCACGACAAUGAAUCUGUCUACAAAUCCUCUCUCAACAUCAUAGAAAGAUUCUUCUCUGACGGGAAUGAAAAUGACGAGUCUGUGGUUCCUGAAGCUACUGCAGAUGGCUAUACCUUCCAGAUGGCCAAUGACCAAAGCACUUUCCAGUUUUAACAUACUCGGCCGUCUCUUUGUACCUUGUUGAUAUUUUUGUAUUUUUUUUUUUUAGACAUUUCAUCCUUGUAUGUGACAGUACAAGGACUAAAUCUCCCAGUUUCAAAACAAGAUUUGUAAAUAAAUGGUAUUCAUGCACAAGUUACUUUUCUGUAUGGAUUUCUGUUUCAGAAAUAAACAGCCUCUGUACAGGGUCAAGCACCUAAUGUAUAUGUUGAAAAUA